CCCUGCGGCUCCUGACCGGAGCUCAUCACACCAUCGAUUCGCGCUCACCAUGGACGCCCAAAUUCACGAGUGGCAGGCUAGAGCUCAGAACCUCACGGCUCUUAACCUGAAGAGCAUCGAAGGUGCACUAGCUGAGCUUGACGCCCAUCUGACCCUCCGAUCUUACAUCGUGGGAUACAGUCUCUCAGACGCCGAUACUACCGUCUGGAGGACACUGAGAGAGAACCGCGUGGCGCAUGCCUACAUCAAGCAAGGCCUCAUGGCCAAUUUGUCUCGAUGGUUCAAGUACAUCGAGGAGACAUCACCCGAGACCGCGACGCUACCUGUACGCCCUGCCAAAGGAACGAAGACAGCAGAAGAGAAGGCCAAGGAUGAGGGUGGGAGCUUCGACAUUGGACUACAGGAGGUUGAGGGGACCGUCAUCACGCGAUUCCCGCCUGAGCCUUCAGGCUAUCUCCACAUCGGGCACGCGAAAGCCGCCCUUCUCAAUGACUUCUUCGCGCACAAGAAGUACAAGGGAAUCCUCCUCCUCCGCUUCGACGACACCAAUCCCAUCAAAGAGAAACAGGAGUACCAGGAUGCAAUUGUGGAGGAUCUGGCGCUUAUGGGCAUCAAGGCAGACAAGACAUCUCAUACGAGUGACUACUUCCAGGAGCUAUACGAGUACUGUGUACAGAUCCUGAAGGACGGCAACGCCUAUGCGGACGACACGCUGCAGGAGAAGAUGCGGGAUGAGCGCAUGAACGGCAUUGCCAGCGAGCGACGUGAUGCGACUGUAGAGGACAACUUGGCCAGGUUCGAGGAGAUGAAGAAGGGCACGGCUGAGGGUAUACGUUGGUGCAUUCGGGCUAAGAUCUCGGUCGACAACCCGAACAAGGCCAUGCGUGAUCCGGUCAUCUAUCGCUGCAGCCCCGAGGUUCAUCACCGGACAGGGGACAAGUGGAAGAUCUACCCAACCUACGAUUUCUGCUGCCCUCUCAUCGAUGCCCUUGAGGGAGUGACACACGCUCUCCGCACUACCGAGUACAAGGACCGCGACGCUCAGUACCAAUGGUUCCUGAAAGCCCUCAAGCUUCGCAAUGUCUACAACUGGGACUUUGCCCGCAUGAACUUCCGCCGAACCCUGCUCUCGAAGCGCAAGCUCACCCGUAUCGUAGACACUGGCGUAGUGUGGGGUUGGGACGACCCGCGUAUGCCUACUGUUCGUGGUGUUCGCCGCCGCGGUAUGACGAUUCCUGCUUUACAGGAGUUCAUUCUCAAGCAGGGCCCUUCCAAGAACAUCGUAAAUCUCGAUUGGACAACCUUCUGGGCUACCAACAAGAAGUACAUCGACCCAGUUGCGCCCCGUUUUACCGCCAUAUCCACCGAGGGCAAAGUCCCCGUCAAAGUUAUCGGCGCCCGGGACGCCCCUUACACCGAGGAGAAAGACAAGCACGCCAAGAACAAGGCCGUCGGAACUAAGAAGGUCGUAUAUAGUCAGUCCAUCCUCAUCGAGCAGGCCGAUGCCGCCUCUUUCGCGCAAGACGAGGAGAUCACCCUUAUGGCUUGGGGCAACGCUAUCGUACGCAGUGUCUCGCAUUCCAUCAACCCGCUCGCCUCACCCGCAGGUCUAAAAACCGUCACCGGCGUCGAGCUUGAGCUACACCUCCAAGGUGAUGUCAAGAAGACUAGCAAGAAAAUCACGUGGCUCUCGACCGAUCAGGAGCUCAUCCCAGUCGACCUCGUAGACUUCGACUACCUGAUUACGAAGGACAAGCUCGAGGAGGGUGACCAGUUGGAGGACUUCUUGACGCCAAAGACGGAGUUCCGCUCGCAUACGCUAGCGGACUGCAAUGUGGCUGAGCUGAAGGAGGACGACAUCAUUCAGUUCGAUCGGAAGGGAUACUUCAGAAUCGACAAGGCAUUCAAACAUGGUGAGCCGGCUGUGUGCUUCCAAAUCCCGACGGGUAAGCAGGAGAAGGCGAAAUAGAUGGUAGCAGACUUGGCGUCACGACAAAUGAAUCAAACGAUGGUUGAAGCGAAUGCGAUAGGCUAAAAGUAGGUUUCCUUGCUUAAGCAGCUUCAUGAAACAAGCAGAGCGUUUUUAGCCAGGCAAUCGACUGUUUCAUGCUAUUCAACUGUCCUGAGAACCUUAUUGCUCCAUUGUUGAAAAGAACAAUUGUAUCUCACUCUCG